AGGAAAAGAGGAAAACUGAGCCACAGCCACGACGGUGGACGCGAGCGUCUCCUGUUUGCGCAUGCGCCCGCUCAGCGGCCUGCUUCUAUUUAUGUGGGGGAUCCAACAUGGCGGCUGCGGCGACCCUGGCGAUGGCGGUGGAGACCAUCAGAACAUAGUGGCGGGGAAGGGGGCACGGUCCGCACUCACGGUGGCGUCGGCAGAGACGACUGAGGGUGGUGGAGGGAAGAAAAGCGACGGAAAGCAAAAGGAAGGGCGGGCAGGCAAACAACUCGGCGUAGAACCGAGCGCCGGCUCGAGCGAAGGCAGAGGGCCAGAACAGUGGGGAUGGCGGAGCCACGCAGAGUAGCGUUUAUUAGCCUGUCACCGGUGAGGCGGCGCGAGGCCGACUACCCGGGGGCCGAACGCGAGCCCGAAUACCCUCGCGAGCCCCCCCGGCUGGAGCCGCAGCCGUACCGCGAACCGGCCCGGGUGGAGCAGCCGGCCCCGCGGGAGGCUGCCCCCCGGUCGGACGCGCAGCCCCCGCCGCGGGAGAAGCCGCUCCCCCAGCGCGAGGUCAGCCGCGCCGAGCCGCCCAUGUCGCUGCAGCGGGAGCCCCCGCGGCCCGAGCCGCCGCCGCCGCCGCUCCCUCAGCUGCACUUGCAGCCGCCCCCGCCGCGAGAGUCGGCUUCCCGGGCCGAGCCGCAGCAGAGGCCGCCGAGGGAGACAGUGCGCCUGGAGCUAGUGCUCAAGGAUCCCACCGACGAGAGCUGCGUGGAGUUCAGUUACCCGGAGCUGCUGCUGUGCGGAGAACAACGGAAGAAGCCCAUUCACACAGAAGACCCAUUUAAUGAUGAGCAUCAAGAGAGGCAAGAAGUGGAAAUGUUGGCUAAGAAGUUUGAAAUGAAAUAUGGUGGGAAACCCCGUAAACACCGGAAGGAUCGGCUACAAGAUUUAAUUGAUAUAGGCUUUGGCUAUGAUGAGACAGAUCCAUUUAUUGAUAACUCAGAGGCUUAUGACGAGUUAGUUCCUGCUUCUCUAACAACAAAGUAUGGAGGCUUUUACAUCAACACUGGCACUCUGCAGUUUCGCCAAGCUUCAGAUACUGAAGAAGAAGAUAUUACAGACAACCAAAAGCACAAGCCACCCAAAAUUCCCAAAAUAAAAGAAGAUGAUAUUGAAAUGAAGAAGCGGAAGCGGAAAGAGGAAGGGGAAAAGGAGAAGAAGCCAAGGAAAAAAGUACCCAAACAAUUGGGAGUUGUGGCUCUAAAUUCCCAUAAGUCCGAAAAAAAGAAGAAACGUUUUAAAGAUUCUCUUUCUCUAGCUGCCAUGAUACGAAAAUUUCAGAAAGAGAAGGAUGCAUUAAAGAAGGAGCCUAACCCCAAAGUCCCAGUGAACUUAACGACGUCCUCUCUGCAUAAACCCCCCUCCAAUGCUGUAGCAUUGGGAAAUGACGUCACGGACCUAAAUCUGAACAGUGCUGAUCCGGACCUCCCCAUUUUUGUUGGCACAAAUGAAAAUGAACUGUUUCAGGAAGCUGAAAAUGCCCUAGAGAUGCUAGAUGAUUUCGACUUUGACAGAUUACUGGAUGCUGCUUCUGAUGGUAGCCCCCUCUCUGAGUCAGGGGGAGAGAAUGGAAACACCACCCAGCCAACCUAUGCCUCUCAGGUUAUGCCCAAGGUGGUGCCUACACUCCCAGAGGGUCUACCGGUCCUUCUUGAAAAACGCAUUGAAGACCUCCGUGUAGCUGCCAAACUUUUUGAUGAAGAAGGAAGGAAAAAAUUCUUUACACAGGAUAUGAAUAAUAUUCUUCUGGACAUUGAGUUACAGCUACAGGAACUAGGCCCUGUCAUUCGUAGUGGUGUCUACUCCCAUCUUGAAGCUUUUGUGCCAUGCAAUAAAGAAACACUGGUAAAACGUCUAAAGAAGUUACAUCUCAAUGUACAGGACGAUCGUUUAAGAGAACCUCUGCAAAAACUGAAACUGGCUGUUAGUAACGUGAUGCCUGAACAGCUAUUUAAAUACCAGGAGGACUGCCAAGCUCGUAGUCAAGCUAAGUGUGCCAAGUUGCAAACAGAUGAAGAACGAGAAAAAAAUGGAUCCGAGGAAGAUGAUGAUGAGAAACCAGGGAAACGUGUCAUAGGACCAAGAAAGAAAUUCCACUGGAAUGACACCAUCAGAACUUUGUUAUGUAACCUUGUUGAGAUCAAAUUGGGAUGCUAUGAGUUAGAGCCAAAUAAAAGCCAGUCCGCUGAGGAUUAUCUUAAAUCCUUUAUGGAGACAGAGGUGAAACCAUUGUGGCCUAAGGGCUGGAUGCAGGCAAGAAUGCUUUUUAAGGAAAGCCGGAGUGUACAUAAUCAUCUUACUUCUGCUCCGGCAAAGAAAAAGGUGAUUCCUGCACCUAAACCCAAAGUGAAGGAGUAUAGUCCGAAAAAGGACCAGAAAACCCCUGUAUCCUUGGUGGCUUCAGUUGGUGGUCCCUCGACGAGCUCUAGCACAUCUGCCGUGGCCUCGACCAGCUCUAGCUCUACACCAGCCCAGGAGACCAUCUGCCUCGACGACUCACUAGACGAAGACCUUUCUUUCCAUCCACCGGCACUGGAUCUUGUUUCUGAAGCUUUAGCUGUUAUCAACAAUGGGAACAAGGGCCCUCCAGCCGGCUCGCGGAUAAGCAUGCCAACUGCAAAACCUCGUCCAGGACUGAGAGAAGAAAAAUUAGCAAGUAUCAUGAGUAAGUUGCCCCUGGCUGCUCCUAAAAAACUAGAUUCUGCUCAGACUGCACAUUCAUCAAGUCUUAUUGCUGGUCACACAGGGCCAGUACCAAAGAAACCCCAGGAUUUAGCUCAUACUGGCAUCUCUUCAGGCCUUAUUGCUGGUUCUUCAAUUCAGAACCCUAAAGUUUCCUUGGAACCUUUGCCAGCCAGGCUGCUUCAACAAGGACUACAGAGGUCGAGUCAGAUUCAUGCUUCUUCCUCUUCACAGACCCAUGUGUCCUCUUCUUCCCAAGCCCAAGUUGCUGCCUCCUCUCAUACUCUGGGAACACCAGAGGCCCAGGAUGCUUCUUCGUUAACACAAGUAACAAAGGUGCACCAGCAUUCAGCUGUCCAACAAAACUAUGUGUCUCCGUUACAAGCAACCAUUAGUAAAUCACAGACCAACCCAGUGGUGAAAUUAAGUAAUAAUCCCCAACUUGCCUGUUCAUCCCCGCUUAUUAAGACUUCAGAUAAGCCAGUUAUGUACCGCCUUCCCUUAUCUACUCCCUCACCUGGAAAUGGUUCUCAAGGGUCCCACCCCCUGGUUUCUAGGACAGUACCUAGCACCACUACCUCCAGUAACUAUUUAGCCAAGGCUAUGGUGUCACAGAUGUCCACGCAGGGUUUCAAAUCUCCCUUCUCAAUGGCUGCAUCCCCCAAACUUGCCGCAUCUCCAAAACCUGCCACGUCUCCUAAACCCUUGCCCUCACCUAAGCCUUCUGCCUCACCUAAGCCCUCUCUGUCAGCUAAGCCUUCAGUAUCAACUAAACUUAUUUCUAAAUCCAACCCCACUCCCAAGCCUCCUGUAACCCCAAGCUCUUCCAGUCCAAAUGCACUAGUAGCCCAGAGUAGCCACUCCAGCGGUAACAACCCAGUCCAUAAACAGCCCAGUGGGAUAAACCUCAGCCGACAGUCGCCUACCUUGAAUUUGCUGCCCUCUAACCGCACUUCCGGCCUUCCAUCCACAAAAAAUCUUCAGGCCCCUUCAAAGCUCACAAAUUCCUCAUCCACUGGAACUGUUGGGAAGAAUAGCUUGAGUGGAAUUGCAGUGAAUGUACCUGCCAGCAGAGGUAGCAACCUAAACUCAAGCGGAGCGAAUAGGACUAGUCUCUCUGGGGGAACAGGAAGUGGAACACAGGGUGCUACUAAACCGUUGUCUACUCCACAUAGACCAUCCACUGCCUCAGGGUCUUCAGUGGUAACAGCCAGUGUGCAGUCCACGGCAGGAGCAUCAUUAUUGGCUAAUGCCUCACCUCUGACUCUCAUGACAUCACCUUUGUCUGUAACAAAUCAAAAUGUGACUCCUUUUGGGAUGCUGGGUGGCCUUGUUCCAGUGACCAUGCCCUUCCAGUUUCCCUUGGAGCUACUCGGCUUUGGAACGGACACAGCUGGAGUGACAACCACCUCGGGAUCUACCUCAGCCGCUUUCCACCAUAGCCUAACUCAGAAUUUACUAAAGGGUUUACAGCCAGGAGCUCAGCAUGCAGCAACACUUUCCCACUCACCUCUGCCUACUCACUUACAGCAAACAUUCAAUGAUGGAGGCCAAAGUAAAGGGGACACUAAAUUACCACGGAAAUCUCAGUGACUUCCCAGCAAGCAAUGGAGAUGAGACACUCAGCUGGCUGAUGGGAUCUACCUGAUGGGAAAGUCCUCAUGUGGUCAUAGGGCUGCUGUUCUGUCGAUGUUUACAUUCUCUCGUCCCAAGCACUGUGGUGAGGAGGAAAAAAGAAAAGAGAACGUUACUUGAGUAAAGCCAGGUGCAGGAGGAAGAAAUGCUUUCGUGCAAAGUUAGUGACCUUUGGUCUCCUCUAAAAGACGAAGUUACCGUAUUAACUGACUUGAAAGAGACUCAGUUGUCAAACCCACAGAAGUACAAAUUUGAUUUUUCCCUGGGGGAGGAAGAAGGAAUCUGAGGAUUUGGGUAUACUCCAUCCAUCCUGGGGGUUGGAUCUGAACACUUGUAGACAUAAUUGCAUAAUAAAAGGCAAUAUAUCUGGAAUUAGGCCAGUUUGUCAGGAGUAACAAUCAUGUCUAUUUGAGUGGACUAUGCAGCAAAUUUGCCACACAAAUUAAUAACCCUGUGUCUGAUACAAACAGUAGCCAAGUAAAUACUGUACCCUCACAAAUCCUGAACAAACUUGAAUCUUCUCCAGUGUGUAGCAACUCCCCGUAUAAAUCAGUGGACUAAAGAUGCUUCUGGAAAGUUAUUUUAGCACAGUGAUAUAUAUUAUUAAAUCAUCGAGAUUUUUAAAAGUCAAGAAAUUGAGCCUGUUGCUCUUAACAGACGAAACUUAGAUGUCCCCUUUUUGUAAAAGGGUCAAUUUCAUCUUCCAUUCAGAAGCAGGUACUUAACUCUUCUUCAGGUGAUUUGUGCAUCUGGUAUUGACUGGUUAAUUCUUAUUUCCAUUCUUGAUGUUAAAAUGUGGCUUUGUUCACAUUUUUCUCUUCAGAAAUGGGGGAUCUUUGACGUAGGGCUGCGACUUUGGUGCUCUUAGCCCUUGCAGGCCUACCACUCUGAACUGUAAAUUUCCCCAGUUUCCCCUCAGUUCACAACUUCUCCUGGUCUUUUAGCUAGUGGUACUUCAGGUGAUUCUUAAUUAUUGAUAUAGACAGGUGUAAGUAUGUACUGCACAUGCCUCUUCAUUGGUCAUUCAGAUGGCAUAUAUAUAUAUUUUUGGAAUUUUUAAGAUAGUAUUUUAAAGGGAGGAAUUACAUUAGGAUCAUUAUGUGUACAAGGGAUUAUUUUUUAUAACAAUCACAAUGUAUUUUUACUCCCUGUAUCCAACGUAGUGAAAUGGAUUUGGAGCAUUUGGGAUCCUACAGCUUUAUUAAUAUUUACUGAGAAUAUUGAUAUGUGAGUAAACCUGCAGAUAAUAAUAAAACUGCUUAGUUAUUAUAGCUUCCUUAUGCAAAUACAUAUUCAACAAAGGAUGUUAAGGGAGAAACUUAUGGUUCUUUUUGGUUACAUUUGAUUUUUUUUUUUUUUUUUUUUUUUUUGCCUCGUCAUUAGUCCUGUCUCUGUCAAUUUCUUUCUCUCACUCUCUCUUUUUUUUCUCCCUAUUUAGACUUCUGAAUGUUUUCAAACUGUACCCAAGAUUGGUAUAAGCUUGAUCCGUUUAUAACAGACUAACCUAAAAAACAGCAUCAGAUCGGUAGUAGCAAGAUUUGCAUGUUUUCAUUACAAGUUACCCUAUACCUUUAAAUUUAUUCAAAUAAGUGUAUUAAUGUGGCCUUUUUUUCCUUUUAUAAGCAAAAGUCCCAAAUAGCCUAUAGGACUGAAUGAGUUACCACAGAUCUAUUCUGAUCUGUAUUACCUGUAUUUUGACUUCAAAGUUAUACUGGCUUGCUUCAUAGCAAAAAGUUAAUAAGUAACUGAAAACUUUAGUUCCAAGAACUUGUUACAGUAAGGGCAAAGGAUUAUUUCAGAGGAAUCAUUUAUAUAAUUACUUGCCUCUAAGAAUUUAGUUUACCAGUAGAACAAAUAAGAAUGUUGUGUCAACCCCAGUAGAUACUUUGGAAGGAUAUAGGGAUGUUGCCGAGAGGUCUGCCUUGAAUUGAAUAUGUUUGAUUAAAGGUUGUUUGGUUUAUUUAAUUAGGGAAGCUUACCCAGUUCUUGAGUUCUUCCAAUGUAGUAUACCUGUUGCUUUUAUCUAAUUUGGAAAAAAAAAGUCUUUGCUAUUACUGUAUAGGAGUUUGCCUUUGGGAAGCUAGCCUUGGUUUCACUUCCCACACAAGUCUGAGUGCAUAUUAAUAAUCUCUUUUCCUGCAGAUAGUUGUGCAUGUAUUCAUCUGUGUGUAUACAUAAAUUAAUUUCUUUUUAAAAAUUCAUUACUAGUUUAAGUCAGGGAAUAAUUUCAGUUUCUUAAAUCCAUCAGUUCUGAAUCAUGCCACGUGAAGAUCCCUGAUGAUUCUUUUGUCUCCAUUAGAGAAGAACAGGAUUAUCAGUUCUUCCCCCAAGUAUUAUUUUAUAACUAACCAGUAAAAAUAUCUGGAGGCCCUUGGCUCUGAGAAGUCCAUAUAUAUGGAGAUGAUAUUCUAUUCUCUUCAGUCUUGAUUCCGUAAGGACUGCUGCCAGAUCCCGCCCUCAGCCCCAUACCACAUUUUCACUAACUUGCAUCCUUUUCAGUAAAGACUGCCCCUUUUGUGUUGUACAGAUGAAAUAAGCAUCCUCCUAUUUCUUAAUAGAAUGAUCAGAGAGCUCCUACAUGUAAAUACAGAACUAUUUCUUUUCUAGAUCAUAACAUUGAAAAUGGUGUCCAUACUUUAUGGGCACCUGUCUUUACAGUUUUUCUUACUAAAUACAAACAUAUAAAUUUUAGGUUAUUUUUUAGCACAGAGACUUGUGACUCAUACUGUAUUUUUGCACUUAAAAGUCAAAUUAUGUUAUUUUUUAAAAUGGUGAGUAAUCAGAAAGGAUAUAGAGCAAUGUGUAUUUCUGAAGCGCAUUAGCAACAUCCCAAUGCAAAAAUAAUCAGCACACUUAAUUGUGUCCCACUCAGCGGGAUUCUUGAUUCAGGAAAACUAAGCUGUUUGUUUUCAACUGUCUUGUAUUUUAAAUUGCCUUCACUGAUGUAUAAGCUGUUACUGUACAUACAAGUUAAUCCUCAGUAUUCACAAGCAAUAAUGGUCAGCAGAGUUGUCUUCAGAGAUAGCAGUGCUGAGCCUCAGUUGGAGACUGUUUGGGAGCAAAGUGUCCAGCUCAUUCAGAGCCUCCAAAAUCAACGCAAGCAAUAAUUCCACUGUAACUCAAUUAUAAUUCUUCUCCUAUGCUUCUGAGAUCAGAGGGUAUAAGAAAUCAUGGUCUUAAAAACAGCCUGAAGAAAAACAUUUUGGAAAAAGAAGUGAAGUUAAUCUGAAGUCACAAAAUCCUGAUAUUCUGAGGAAAUCAGAGGAUUGUGUUCAUACAUUCUUUUAUGCCUACCACCCCUUUGAUGGAUGUUGUUAGCCCAAAUUACAUUUUUUUUUUUUAUAUCACAGAAGUUGAAUAGGGUUUAUUGCAUCACCAAGGUAGGAGGAAGAACCGGGCACAUACAUGUUUGGAUCCUGUGGGUUUGACACCUGUUUGAAAACAACUUACUGGAAAAGAUUUUUAACCCAGGAUUUUUUUUUUUCUUCCCAAAGCAUAUCUAAAUUGUUUACUACCCAGGGUUGGAAAGGGCAGGCCCCUGUAGUCUUUCUUCUCUGGUUGCCCUUACCACACCGCUUCCCGCCUCUACUUGGUUCACGACAGUUUCUGAGAUGGAAACUCUACUGUUAUUCAAACUGCCAUUGAUUGUGAGAACUCUCUGUCCCUUGGGACCAUCUCCUAGCACUCCAGUUGUCUAUCGUAUUUGCUGCUACACUUGUACAAUGAACUUUGCCUGUAUUGGUCGAUUAUAAUCUGAUUUACAGUUCUUUAUCUCUAGGAGGUUUUUGUCAUAUAACUUGACCCAUAUAUAGAGUUAGGAUACUUUAUUUUAGGAGUGUACCAUAAAAGCACACUGGUCCCUGUAUUCUUUUUAUUAUCAUGUAGGUUUUGAAUUUGUGUUGGCUUCUUUUUUGUUCGUUGAUGUUUUGUUUCUCUUUGUUUUAAAUUAGAAAUAGCAGAGUGGGAAAAAUCUAUAAUCAGGCCAAACUUGAGAACUUUUCCUUGUGCUUCAGCACUAGUUUCUGCUGACCGUAUGUUCUCAACAGGGGCACUUUUACUUUCUAUUGUGCAUGUAUGAUUGUUUUAUUUUGUUUUUUGCUUUUGUAAUAAUGAAGCAGAAGAAAAAUGCAGUAGUGGGUAAAUGACUGAUUACAAACACGUUAUGCAAUUUUAUUUUAUAAAAUUGAAGGGGAAAAGUUUAACUCUGUAAAUCAUUUCUUAGCUCUGGUAAAAUGCUUAUAUUACUCCUCUAAAACAUGCUCAAUUCAGGCCUUUGUCUUUGUUAAGUGCCUUUUUUUUCUUUCUUUUUUCCCCCUCUUGAAAGUGUUCUCAGAUAUCCUAAAGUACAGGCUAAUAAGUCAGGGGAUUCAGGAGGAAGAAUCUCAAACUUGCCAAUGUCAUGUCAUGCUGUAAUAUUCUUCCUUUUCUUUAUAUGUAUAAGGAUAUAUGUGUAAAAUACAUACAUAUAUAUGUGUAUAUAUAUGUAUACAUAUGUAAUAUAUAUAUAACUAGUAGCUGCUGUACCAUUGCAUCCUUUCCAAACACACCCCUUUCGAUGUUUGCAAAACUUCUGGCUUGUUUAUUCCACUGCUUUUAGUCAAUUCAAAUGGGUAGAUUGGGAAAUUGUCUUUACACGAGAUGCUAUCUUCCCCCUUUGAAUAUCUGUUUGUAGAAAUUAACAAAAAUACAUAAAUAUAAUAAGUCAUUUAUUUCAUUAAAGUAAAUUUAGCGGACUCAUUGACGAUCCCUGGAUGUAACCCACUGCUCUCUGCCCUUCAGACUUGGCAGGAGUAAUAUUGGAGAAAGCAUUGGAAUAACAAGAGUCUUUUGAGGGUCAAGUUGAUAAAGGUGCGCUGUGGAAGGCAAGGCUAAAGACGUGGGGGAGCUAGAGUCAGAAGCUUGGUAUUGUAUCUGAAUAAGUUUUGAAGGAAGUUAUUAACUUUGUCCACAUUAAACAUGCAUCAUAUUUUCUUCUGGAAAAUGAUUUUCGAAGAAUUCAUACAGCUGCGUAUCUGUGAAAACGUUAAUAAACUUAGACUUCAGAUACUCAUGUAAACACUCAUAUAACCUAUAGCAUUCUUGAGCGAUCUUCAGUUUUCUUUUCAUUUGCCAGAUAAUUACAUUUGGCUUAAUCUGAUUUUACGGCUAUUUAGAUUUCUCCCUUGAGCAGACUAGUGUAAUCUUCAGUAUCUAAGAUUCAUCUGUUUCUUGUUGAAAACAGACAUGACACAUAAAGGGAGACUAAGUUGAACCAGUCCUCAGAGCCCAGUACAAAUAUAUCUAACAAGUGCCCCCUUUUAAAGACAUUUUAAUUGGGAAGAGGAGACUGGGGGCUAACAGAAAGCAGCAGCUCCUGGUGGUGUUACCGGAUAGCGAAGCACGUAUCAGGCACCUCAGCUCAGACAUGUUACUCUUGAAUUACUAUAUUUAACAGGGGGAAUAUCGUUUAACCUUCGUGCCUCAGAUUACCCAUUAGAAAAUUGGGUAUAAUAAUAUUCACCUACCUCCCAGGGAUAUCAGAGACUUUACUAUUUCAAAAAUACUUUGAGUUUUUCUAAAAUGUCCUAUAUAAUGAAAAAAGUAUUACCAUCUUUCCACAGAGGCUAAAAAAUGUUUCCCUAUGAUGGGUAUAAAGAGUACCAUAUGAUUUUUAAGUUUAAAGAAAGAUCACUGGAAUUCUACUUUAGAUGCAUAUUAUUUAAACGUAUUUGUGGUGGGAUUAAAAUGGUUAGUUUCAGGUUAACAAGGGUUGGGGGGGAAUAACACUAAGUUUCUUAAUUAUAAGUAGUUUGUGUUUUGUUUUUUUUAAAUGAUGUUAACACGUGUGACUUUUGCCAAGGUUGUGGAGCUACAGCGAGGUAGUUUGGAUGAUUGGUUAUUGGAGUUGAUAAAUGAUCCUGCAAGUUUUAUCUGCCUCACUUUUCCAUCUUCUCAGUCUAAUUUCCUUAUAUCACUUGUCUGGUGGUGGAUAGCUAAGCUUUUAACCUUCAAAGAAUGAAUGGGUGUCUCCUCAUUCUUGUACAUCAGAGGUUGUGUACCGGUUCUGUCACUGCAGGUCUAUCCAGCUUCAUGUCGAUGGGGCAAGCACGACACACAGUCAGCUGGGUAGGAAAAUGGGAGGGGGAGGCAGGAUUCACUUCUUAGCUGGGACGCUGGGUGGGAGGGGGUGGGGUAGAAGGAAACAUGUUUUGCCCAUCUCUGAGGAAGGAAUGAAGAUUAUUUUAUCCCACCUCUCAUCCUGGCAUGUUAAGUAGUGAUACUUAGAAUUUUCCUUUAUCAUUUCAAACACCAACAGCAACAGGAAAAAUGGAUGCUGUGUUUGUAGUUAGGGCUAAAUGCUAAGCAACAAUUGUUAGAGAGUGUGUGAAGAUUUAAAUUACAGCACAUAUUCAGGGUCAGGAAAGAGAAUGUAGAGGGUGAGGAACAAAUUACCCAGCUCAAGUGAGGAACAAAUUACCCAGCUCAAGUGAGUCAAGAGAAAGCACCAGGCCCAAGCAGACAAAGCACCUGGGUUAAUUCCCACAAUCGGCCAAGGCCGGUAGGACGUUUUUGUCCUAAAAAUCACUUUUUGGUUUUUCUUUGCUUUUUUCAAGAUAAGGCCUUAGUUAGUAAUCUCUAAAUAUCAACUAUGCAGAUAAACUUACUCUCUAUUUUCCACAUUUUCCCUCUUUUUCCAUUCUUCAAAUACAGCUGUUAAAGGACUUCUACCCAAAGAAAUAAGGCAAAAGGAUUUUGUUGAAUGUGUGUUUGUUCUUCUAGGGAAAAUUAAUAGAAGCAUAAAACAGGUAUUUUGUGUGUUCAUCUAUCCUAAAAUGUGAACUUUGUAUUCAAAAACUUAAGUACAGAUCCUUUUACUGGUGCAAAACUGUAGUGAGAAUCAUGGAAUGUCUUUGGGUUGUUAAGAUGAAAUCAUCCCAGUGUUCAGUUCUGAGAAAGUUCUAGAUUCUGUGGCACAGUGUUCAGGUUUGUAGAGCUGAACAGUUGGUCAGACUCUAAUUAAAAAUAGCUUUGAAUAUUUAAUGUUGAAUUCCUUCUUUCUUCCUUCUUUUUACCUCUAGUUUGAGCUCUUAACGUUAACCAUUUCAUCAGCCAGUUGCUACACUAGAAUAUCAGUUGCAUUUUGUUAAGAGUCCGGAGAGGAAAGGCUAGACUUUCACCUCCUUUUCUCACUCACUCUGGCUGUCUUUCCUGGGUCUCCACUGCAUUCAGAAGUGAAGACUGCAGGCAUAGUCCAGGACGCUGUUCCGACACUGUUCCAAUCCUAGCACAGACUCUGACAGGGACUUGUAGGAUUAUCAUCAGACUGUCCUUGAACAACUCGAUAAUAGAGUACAUUUUUCUCAGAUACUCCCCAAGUAUCAUUUGCUUGAAAGUAGCUAUUUGUGAUCUUUAUUUAAUUUCUUCAUACUGUAAUUCUUUAACUUCUGAAUCUUUCUUCCAUAUUGCCAUUUAUAGUGGGUUAGCAGUUUUCUGAACUGUUUCCCAAACAGGUCAAGGAUGUUUUCAGAAACUUCAGUAGUAUAAUCAAAGGGGUCUGUAUGUCCAGGAUUUGGAAUCAAGUUAGUUCACUGGUGACUGGAAUUGUUUUUUCUCUUCUCCCUUGUAUUAAAAAACUAGAUUUCUCUACUAUUAUACAGUGUGGUUGCUACAAGUCAUGGCUUCCUCUUGAUACUUUUCAAGGUUAUUCAAAAGAGAUGCAGACAUUUGUUAAGGGCUCUUAUUUCUCAUAAUACUCUGCCUUGCUUAUUUUCAUAUACUUCCCCUGGAAGAAACCUGCUUUGCAAAGGUCUGCGUCACACAGGCCAUAUAAAUUCUUAGAACCAGUUUUAUGUUCCUCAGAAAACUGUACAUUAUUUUUUCCCAUUUUGCUAAUGAUAAUAUAAUUCUAUUUUAUCUUAAAUCUAGUUUUAAAAUAUUUUAUAAUAGAGCACUAAUGGAACCCUAAUUGAAAUACAGAAAAGAUAACUAUUACUCAAGAUAACUUGGAAAUAUUUCUGUUUUCAAGUUAACAACUCCAUCUACCCUCUCAGCACAUUUAAGAGUCAGCAGUAACCGAGACCAGCCAGUCGGCUUGUUUUUCUGUGUGACAACCUGCCUUUAAUUUGUCAGACCUUACCUAUCUUGUACUUUCUGUCCUUGCGGCCAUAACCUUUCCUCAUUUUUUUGCUGUUUUGUGCUGUUUGCAAGGUUCGUGUGCCCUGGACCAGCAUAUAAGAGUUUUUCUUUCCCAUGCCUGCAAAACUACCAAGGAUUACCCUGAUUUUGGCUAGGGACACUAAAAGACAAAGAAGUUAUUCUCAGCUGAUAAAAGUAUUGCUGUUUUAUAUAGUUAGUUAGAAAGUUGGCCAUCUUUGGCCGACUUUUUAAAUCCUGGCUAUGCCUACAUAAUUAAUUACAUAUACCAUCUGAGACCUUCUGAUAAGCAAGGGGCCUCUCCACCAGUAGAGGCAGGUUUCCAGCCUACACGUAAUUUCCUCUGAUCUAUGGCCAGCCACAGAAAAGAUUCAAGCUUUGUACUGUCCUUUUGUUGGCUGUCAUUGAAAAAUUUUAUUAUAGAAAGUAUCAGAAUUAUCAAAUUGUCCUUAAGAAGAAUAUGUGAUCUGGGCCUUGCCCUUGUGUUUUGCUCACCAAAACAUUGUCAAGCUUAAAAGAAAAGGAAAAGAAAUCUCUGGCUGGUGAGAAUUUUGUGCCCCAAAUAAUAUGUUAAUCAAAGUCUACCAAGGUAACUAAGUGAUGGUGUUUUCUCUCUUUUAUUACGAGCAAGAAAGUUUAUUUGCAGUUGUAAAAUUAUUGUGGGACUGCAGACCUAUUUGUUAUAACUGAUUGGGAAUAAGGAUUCUGAUUUUUAGUCUGGGUAAGCACAUAUUUCCAACACUUGUGGUAUGAAUUUUGAUAAGGGAAAGACUUUUGUUUGGUAACAGACGGGAAAACAGGACUUACUGAUACAGUGAAUGUUCACUCCAUAGAGGAACUUCCCUCCAGGUACACAUCUUCCUCUUUCUUUAGCCGCCUCCACACUUGACAGAGAUGCCAGCAUGUUCCACAGCCGAUCUUGAAGGAAGGAGCCCCAGUAAUUGCAGCUUCUCGGGGUGAAGGGCACUGACGGCUGUCUUGCAUUUGUUUCUAGGGAGGUGCGUUUUUGCUAACUUGAAGGGAUAUACUGUAUUUUGAAUAAGUGUGUGACUUAAUAUUUUGGGAUUUUUUUUUUCCUCCUUUAAAACUGGACCUGAACACAGCUUUGAGUUGAUAUUUGUAAUAAUCUCAGGACCUGAAAGAUUGUAGCAUUUAGUGUGUCUUAAAAAUUAUGUACUGUACCAGCCAUGGAUUUUUGUAAAUAUUACCUGUCUCCCUUUUUUGUAUUAUUUUAGUAAAAAAAAAUAAUAAUAAAUUUAAAUAAAAGGGGGUGGUGAUGACAUGUGAAUGGGUGUGGGUGUGUAUGUGUGUGUGUUUGUAUAAGGCUCUUUUGAGACGAACUGGUGCUUGUUUAAUUUCCGGCUCUGAUUAGAGCAGGAAUAUGGACAAACUGCUGCUACUGAAGCCUGCACUGAGCCUGGGUAUUUCCAUUUUGUCUUUCCCCGUGGGCGACUGAAUAUGGGCUGCCAGGAAAUGACUAAGAAGUUAAAUUCUUCUUCCCGCUGCCAUCUUGCCUUUGCAUUCUCUGUUCUGCACACCCUUUGAACUUCAGUGGUAAAGCUUUCCAAACUCUGGGUGGUUUGCUGGUCUCUAGUUUUUAGAGAGCUCUUGUCACUAUUUUCUAAGAAGAAAGAAGGACAGGUAAAUUUUUUUAACCAAAAAAUAAUCACACAUUUCAUGAACCCUGAUGAAUUUUGGAUAUGUGAGAGGGCUUAAACAUUCCUAAAUAUGGACCUGUGAAUUUAGUAAAUUAGCCCCAUGGAUAUACUCCUUCAGUGCAGGGAAUUUUUUUUUCUUCUUCUUUUUUUUUUUUUUUGCAACAGCCUUGCUCAUAUUCCAGGUAUAGCUAGCAAACCCCUGUUUUAAAGCAGGAGCCUUAUUUGAUUCAGUGUAGAUGUUUCCUGUCUAUUCUUCUGUGACAGGACUUUUACAUGAGUGUUUUUUUUCUUUUUGUAUGUGUUAUGUGUUGUAUUAAAUAAAGAGGAAUGUACAUAU